GCAGGGAGCACGAUCAUCUUCGUUCCUUUAAUACACGCAGUCCCAUCGAACCAGAGAGACGACGAACACAGUGCUAGCUCUUUGCAGCUGAUCAUGAGCUACCAAGCAGAAGCAGGCUACCCGCCCCCGGGCCAGCAGGCUUACGGCGCGCCCCCGCCGCCAGCCUACGUCGCGCCGCCGCCGGCGUACCCGCCGACCCAGGACGCCGGCGCGUACGGCCAGCAGCAGCAGCAGCAGCAUGAGACCACCAGCCGCGGCGGCGACGGCUUCUGGAAAGGAUGCUGCGCCGCCAUCUGCUGCUGCUGCGUCCUCGACAUGUGCUUCUGAGAAGGAGGACGACGGGUCCACCUGCUCGAUCGCCAUGACCGGGGGAUUGCAUGCCAUGGAGUUGGAUGCUCGUAGCCGCCGACCCGCCGUGGUGUGCUAUGUUGUGUUACCCAUAUCGAUAGGCUUGUUAGUCAUUUGGUUCCUUCCUGUGGUUGUACAGUGAGGAGUUUAUGUGGAGGCAUUCUUUUUAUGAUGCCCAUGUUCCUGCAGUCUCUGUUCCAUGUAAUUCAACAUUAUUUACUUUUGUAUAAACAUCGAUUGAAUUCUUGUUAGCUCUGCUAAUACCUCCAUUUUCUUUCGGAAAUGCAUGGGUUAGUGAGUA